GCGGCGGCAGCCCGGCUCGCUGCUCGCUCCGCGCUCCGCCAUGGCUGCGGCGGCCGCCGCCGGCUCGCUGCUGCUCUGCCUGCUCGGCCUGGCGCUGCGCGGCGGCAGCGCGCUGCACACCAAGGGCUCCGUGCCGCUCGACGCCAUCACCUUCUACAAGGUAAUUCCAAAGAAUAAGUUUGUCCUUGUGAAAUUUGAUACACAAUAUCCUUAUGGCGACAAACAGGAUGAGUUUAAAAAGCUGGCAGAGAGCUCAGGCUCCAGUGAUGAUCUCUUGGUGGCUGAAGUGGGAAUAUCAGAUUAUGGUGAUAAGCUGAACACUGAGUUGGGUGAAAAAUACAAGCUGGACAAGGACAAAUACCCUAUUUUUUACUUAUUCCAAGAUGGUGACUUUGACAAUCCCUUACCUUACACUGGGCAAAUCAAAGCUGGUGCUAUUCAGCGCUGGUUGAAGAGUAAUGGCAUCUAUCUGGGAAUGCCAGGCUGCCUGAAAGAAUAUGAUAUGCUGGCCAGCAAAUUUGUGAGCACCACUGAAAAAUCAGAGCGCCAAUCCCUCCUGAAAAGGGGGCAAGAAAGUUUAGAAAAAACAAAAGAAACAGAUAAGAAGUCAGCUGAGCAAUACCUGAAAAUUAUGAGCAAGAUACUGGAGCAGGGAGAAGAAUUUGCUGCUAAUGAAGUUGUCAGAAUCACAAAACUGAUUGAGAAGAACAAAAUGAGUGAUGGAAAAAAGGAGGAGCUCCAGAAAAGUCUUAACAUCCUUGCUUCUUUCCUGAAAAAGAAUAAUGAAAAAGAUGAGCUGUAGGAUGUUGGAGAACUUUGUACAAGCUGUGAAACACUGGCAGAAUCCUAACCAGUUCUCCUUACACAGGCAAACUUCCCGUUGACUUCAAGAGAGCAGCAGGUUUUCUUCUGAUAUUCUCAGUUCAUUAGAAGAUCAAGAGGAAGACAUUCCUUAAAAGUAUUCUAAAUGUUUUAAAAAUUACCUUAAAGCAAGAUGCCAGUAUUGUGUAAUACUAUUAAAUAACAGUGUUAAAGUAGACAAAAAACACUCUGGAUUGGCCUGAAGCACAUUCCUGGUGAUUUUUUACAGCUGUUUCUUGACAAGCAACAACAAAAUUCAGUCUCACAUUCCAUCUUAUAUGUUUUAAAAGGUACAGACUUGGUGCCCCUUUCAUUCCCACCUUUCCCUGUUUUCUAGUGUGUCUGCUUUUAAUCUCCUCAUGAUCAUAUCUGCUGUUUUCCUGGUCGUGCUAUUUGUUGUCUUGUUUCCGUUAUCUGUUGUUGACUAAGUGACCAGUUUUUUUUUUUUGCUUCCUCCCUCAGUGGCUUCCAUCUCUAUUUGGCUUGGGUAUCAGCACACACAGUAAAGACAGGUUGGCGCGCAAGUAAAGACAGGUUCUCUGCAUAUUGGAAUUAGCUCUUCAUCUUUAGGCCAGAGCAGCCAUUAUGGGGAAUGUUCUCCUGAAAUCUUUUUUGAUAUCCAGACAGAGUGAGUGAUUUAAGUUCUAAGCAAGAGCAAAAUCUUCCUGAGGUGCUAUUACACUUAGACUUGCCAGAGUUUAUGCAGAACUGUGAUUUUUCAAAAGCUUAUAACUUAGGCAAAUUCAGGUGCAUCUCCUGUGGCUGAAAAGCAGCACAUCUGCUGUAUGGGCUUUUUACCUGUCGUUCCCAUUCAGCCUUCACUUCCCAGGUUCAAAUUCCUAUGUGAGGGGGGAGACAAAUAAGGACAUUUAGAAAGUUUUGAGCAGAAGUUAAUGUGAAUAAAAUAUUUUUUUUCUAACCUUGUCUUCAGAAAUGAUUGACACUAUCAAACUAAAGCUUUGACAGUAUUUGACAGAGUUUUAAAUAUUUGAAAAUAAGAUCUUAAAACAGAAUCUACAAGCAUUAAUGCCCUUGUAUCUCUUAUCUAUAGUGUUUUAACAAAUCCAGAGAUCAGCUCUGUCCAAAAGCUGUUACUGCAUGUGUUGUUCAUACUGUGUGGUAUUCAGAUGGUCACUGGAAGAUGCUAUACUCAUGAUCAGGGUUUUAAGAGUCUGAGGAGAAACAUGUUCUGUGCAUUUUACCUUAAGACUGCUUUAAGCUAAGCAAAACUGAGUCCUGUGGGAGCUUUGCUGCCUUUUGAAUCCUGGGAUGGGUACAAAGAGCAGAUACCUCUGCGAAAUAAAAUGUAUUAAUAAUGCUAUAAUAAAAAAUCUGGUUCCAUUUAA